AUGUUCGUUUUCGUAGCCUGUCGCCUUGUCUUGUUUCCUUCGUUUUUCUUCAUCCCAUCUUUGCUUUGUUGUUGUUGUUGGGGGCGGGGGUUGAACGAUUGCGACAGGAAUGAAAGAGGGAGGUCGGACCGCAAAACGGUAUGGUGA